UAACAAUCUAACUGAAACUGAAAACUGAAUAAAUCUAAACUUUCAUAUAAGUAUUAUAAUCAAUAAAAACAUAGUUGUUAGAAAGAGUCUGAAAGAAAUUGCAGAUCAUGUCAUGGAUGGGUCCAUGCUUACAACAAUAAAAAGCUAUUUUUGGUGCAUUACAGGACUAUGUAAAAAAAUUGACAAGAUUGCUAAAAGAAAAAAAUUCUCAGACCUUGGUGAAUGGAAAGAGUCAAUUUCGAAUCAUAUGUAUUGGUGCGCCGCAGACACCCCAGAUGGAGACGGGGAGAAAAUGAAGGAGAAGUGGUCUAUACUUCCCCUUCACAUACAGAACAUACAUACAAACCCGCUUGGCAACCAUUAUAAGGAAUGUGGCCAUGGUAACCUUCAAGGUGAUGCAAGGAACAGACUGUGGAUUGAAGCUGGUUCUGAGGUGGCUGUUAAAAUGGAGGACCUCCUUCUGAAAAAGAAUCUACUUGAGGAUAUUUCAAAGCUAUCUCCCAAGUACCAGACAUCUACACUAGAAGCAAAACACAGCUUAGAUAUACACUUCGCUCCAAAGCAUACUGCCUUUUCAUAUUGGGGAAUGUAUACAAGGUUGUGUCUAUCAGCCAUCCACUAUAAUACUAAUUCUGACAGAAUGCAGAAAGUUUCCAAAAAUGGAAGACCUAUGUARGCUAUAAGAUUUCCAAAGGCUAAAAAGGGGAAAUAUUCUGUCCGACCUAUUAAAACCGAUCCUUCUUAUGAGUACUGCAUCGACAUCAUUGACAGUUUAUUUGAUAAGUACCAGACCUARGCCGAAGCACAUGCCUUGAAAGUUUACAUGAACCAAUUAAAGGCUAACACACCUGGGCCCUUAUCUGAUGAGCUAGUAAAGCCAGACAAAGAUGAAGCCAUAAUCAGCUUUGUAACAAGAUACUACCAGUCUUCCCUAGUUAACUAACACACAUUGCCUUUUGUAACCAGAUCCAUAGAAACCAGUAAAAAAAUGAAAAGAAAAGACAUAAUUUAGUAUUCUGCUUAUAUAAAUUGUCA